CAAUCAGAAACUCAAGUGGUGCCUGACACAGAGACUCCUGUGGUUUGGAGGAAACAGAGAGGAAAAAAAAUGGGACCCUGCAGGAAGAGAAAAGCUUUCAUGGAGCAGAAGGAGGCUGUUUUUCUGAGGAGAAAGAUCACCCUUACUCGGGCCAUUGCGUUGGCUGUAGGCACCAUGGUGGGCAGUGGGAUCUUCAUUUCUCCUAAAGGGGUGUUGCAAAACUCAGGCAAUGUAGGGGUCUCAUUACUUGUAUGGCUCGCUUGUGGGAUUCUGUCUCUGUUUGGCGCUCUGUCCUACGCAGAUCUUGGAACGAGUAUCACAAAGUCAGGCGGGCAUUACAUUUACCUUUUAGAGACUCUUGGACCAUUGCCAGCUUUCCUCCGAUUAUGGGCUGAAUUUAUUAUGAUCCGUCCUGCAAAUAUAGCUGUGGUGUCUUUGGCAUUUGGUCGAUACUUAAUUGAGCCUUUCUUUGCUUCUUGCCAUGUCCCUCCUCUGGCCGUGAAAUUGAUCACUAUGGCAGGAAUUACCUUAGCAAUAGCCCUGAACUGUUGGAGUGUGAGUUGGGCUGCCAACGUACAGACAGGACUCACUGUCCUGAAGAUGAUCACUGUGGGUCUAAUUAUCGUUCCUGGGAUAAUGGCUCUUGGAAAUGGUCAUAAUGAAAAUUUUCAGGAUAGUUUUGACACAAGUUCCUUAACACUUGAAAACCUGCCUCUUGCUUUUUAUUCUGGGAUGUUUGCUUAUGGAGGAUGGUUCUAUAUAAACUUUGUAACUGAAGAAAUUGUAAAUCCUGAAAAGAAUAUUCCUCGGGCAGUAAUCGUUUCCUUAACUAUUGUUACAGCCUGUUACAUCCUUACUAAUGUGUCUUACUAUACUGUCUUGACACCGCAAGAAAUUCUCAGUUCAGAUGCAGUAGCUGUGAGUUUCACUGAUAAAGUUUUCAAGAACAUUUCCUCUGCAAUUCUAAUCCUUGUAGCUCUCUCAUGUUUUGGUGCUUUGAAUGGAGGAAUCUUUGCUGCAUCCAGGAUGUUGUUUGCAGCUGCACGAGAAGGACAGUGGCCAGCUCUCUUCUCAAUGAUACACCUUGAAAGACACACUCCUUUCCCAGCUUUGAUAUUAAUGUUGCCUUUGGUCUAUUUGAUGGUGUCCAUUGGAGACCUCUAUGGACUUUUGAACUUCUAUAGCUUCUCCCGCUGGUUCUUCAUAGGACUUACCACACUGGGGUUCAUGAUACAUUGCUUCCGACAUCCAACAAUGCUAAGACCUUUUAAGGUGCCUCUGUUCUUCCCACUGGUAUUCACAGUAGCCUGUUUCUUCAUUGUGGGGACAUCACUAUAUUCAGAUCCUGUGAACACCAGCAUUGGGUGUGCUUUAACUUUAUCUGGCUUACCUGUCUACUAUCUGGUGGUUCAGAAAACUAGAAUACCAGGCUGCUGUACAUCAAAGUUCAACUCCAUGACAGUGAAACUGCAGAUCCUGAUGAAGGUGGCUCUUCAGGAAGUCCAGACUAAUUGAAGGAGUAAUGCAUCAGAGUAAGGAAAACAAUUCAAACUGCAAGGAACCUGCAAGCUCCUCACACUGCUGUUACUGUAAGGAAUACACCUCCAGGCCAUUUCAAAGCAAGCAGCAAGAGAUACAGUAUGCAAGAAUCCCUUUCCGUGGGUUGCCUGGUGCGUCUUUUUGUCUUUUUAAGGCAUAAGAAUGAUAGUUUUCUGUCCAGAAGCUUGAACAAGCAGUUUAUAAAGAAUAAAAGUAAAUCAAAAUUCUUGAUGAAAAACCCAACAGCAAUAUCUACAGGACCAUAAACAGUUAAGUAUAUAACCACAAUAUUCUUGUCCAAUGCAGCACUUCCUUCUUAAGACAACAAUAAUGAAUUUAUUGUCAUAGGAAAUGUGAGUCUUGCUCAUCCAAAAAAUUUUCCAGCUUGUACAAAAAUCUAGUAAUAGUUGUUUAAAAAUGAAAAUUCAGUUCACAAAUGCACUAUAAAAUAAAGGUUGAAAAUAUUUCAAGGUUAAAAUUUCCACAUCCAAAAUAUUCCAACCUCAAAACCCUUCCCGACCUCAUCAGAAAUUGUCUACCAUCCGAAUAGCCUGCUCUGACUCUACCAGAAAAACUGACUUCACAAUAGGCUGUUCUGCCUUCCACUUUCAAAGCUGGAACAUUUUGGUAAGAUUGGAAUGCUACGGGUGAGGUUGAGGUUUCUGAAAUCUGGCUAUUUAAAUCUUGAAAUAAUUUGCACGCUGCUGCUACAGAGACAUAUCCCAUUAGGGUUAAUCCUAAGUGAGCAGUCUAAACAUAUGGCCCUAAAGAUUUAAAUGUUGCAAUGACUUGUUUGAAUGUUUGUUCUGUUAGUUCCUUUAAAAGUAUACUUGUAAAUAAUUUUUGUAAUGGAAGUAAUGGGGUUUUUUAACUCCUUGACAAGAAUAAAUCAAUAACAACUCUAUCUGUGCAUUCUACUGUAAAUUAUUACUUCUAAGCCUUAAAGAGUGGUGAAGGACUAACCAGAAUCAUGUUGUUGUUUUUUAAGUGAAGCAAACAAGAUCCUUCUAUGUAGACAUCUGUAUCUUAAGAAAUGUGGUUGGGAGUAUGUUAUCAUGGCCUAAAAUAAGAGAAACUGCACAACUUUUGACACAUUAGGCAUAUAACGAUACUACUAGUUAUGUAUGGGGACCCACCAAAAAUCUAAAUUUCUAUCUCUUUGCUAGCAAAUGUUUACAGGCCCGCAUAGCCAUCUGCCAUGGUAUAGUCUAUGAAUGGUGACUGCAUACAAUUUAAAAAGCUGAGCAAAGAAAAACAGUUCUAGAAAUUUUAUAGAUACAACUGUCCCAUCUUACUAACAUUUGUGGCAAAUCAGUUUUCAGAUAUUAUGACUUUCAGAUCUUCCCUCUUAUACGUUCAAGCAAGAUGUUGACAGUUUAUAUGCUAACAAAACUGGAGCUGCUUCUCCAUUUUUGAAAUAAUUAAAACUACUAUUAUUAUGUUGGGAUUCAGUCUGAUUUCAAGGUUUGCUCAAAAUGAAAAACAGUAAAACCACCAAAACAGAA